AUGAAGCUCCGCAACAAGGCGGCGGCGCUGCUCCUGCUCGCGCUGGCCGCGCUCUUGCUCGCGGGGCUGUCCCUGCGCGCCCGCCGCGCCGCAGCCCCCGCGCCGCUCGCUCGCCCCGCGUCCGCCCCGCCGCGCCGCCCCGCGCCGGCCCCCGCGCGCCUUCCGGGCCCGGGUGCCCUCCCGGGGGCCGGCCAGAGCGCUCGCCGGCGCCGGCCUCCGCGUCCGCGCCCCCGAGGCAGCCGUCGGGGCGCCGCGAGCCUGAAGAAGUUGGCGAGGAGGCCUGGAGAACUCAGGAGUUUCCAAGCUGUGCUGCCCCCCGAGCUCUGGAUCCACCUGGCCGUGGUGGCCUGUGGCAAUCGGCUGGAGGAGACACUGGUCAUGCUCAAAUCGGCCGUGCUCUUCAGCCACAGGAAGAUGAAAUUUCACAUCUUCACCGAAGACUCUCUGAAGCCCGAGUUUGACAAACAGCUACGACAGUGGCCAGACUCAUAUACAAAGAAGUUUGAGUACAGAAUCUACCCCAUCACAUUUUCGGUUGGAAACCCUCAGGAAUGGAAGAAAUUAUUCAAACCGUGUGCUGCCCAGAGACUCUUUCUUCCGGUGAUUUUAAAAGAUGUGGACUCCCUCCUCUACGUAGACACCGAUGUUCUCUUCCUGAGACCUGUUGAUGACAUCUGGAAGCUUCUGAGGCAAUUUAAUUCCACACAGCUUGCGGCCAUGGCCCCCGAGCAUGAAAUCCCCAAGAUCGGCUGGUACAGCCGCUUUGCUCGGCACCCUUUCUAUGGCUCCGCGGGAGUUAACUCAGGAGUCAUGCUGAUGAACUUAACUCGGAUAAGAAGUGCCCAGUUCAAGAACAGCAUGAUUCCAACAGGCUUGGCUUGGGAGGACAUGCUGUACCCUCUGUACCAGAAGUACAAGAAUGCCAUCACAUGGGGAGACCAGGACUUAUUAAAUAUUAUUUUUUAUUUCAACCCAGAGUGUCUGUACGUGUUCCCCUGCCAGUGGAACUACCGUCCUGAUCACUGCAUGUACGGAAGCAAUUGCAGAGCGGCCGAGCGGGAAGGCGUGUCUGUCCUGCAUGGGAACCGAGGCGUCUACCAUGACGAGAAGCAGCCAACUUUCAAAGCGCUCUAUGAAGCAAUCCGAGAUUUUCCCUUUCAAGACAAUCUCUUUCAAUCCAUGUAUUACCCUCUUCAGCUGAAGUUUUUGGAGACUGUGCACACUUUAUGUGGACGAAUCCCACAAGUUUUUCUGAAGCAAAUUGAGAAAACCAUGAAAAGGGCUUAUGAGAAACAUGUCAUCAUCCAUGUUGGCCCGAACCAGAGGCGCUGAGUAUUUCCUAUUGUCGCAAGUCAAUUAGGCAUCUCAUGAACGAGGAAAUACUCAUCUUCAAGCUGCCUGCAUCUCUUUUAUGUGAAUAUUUCAUGGUGCUCUAUGACAACUGAGUUUAAAAAGACUUGUUAAAUGUUGCUAAAUCAGUUGCCCCUGCAUGGAAAUAUGCUUUAAUUUUUUUCUAAAGUGCUAUUUAUCUCUCUGUUUUUUUAAAAAAAUGAUAUUGUUGCUCACUUAACAUUGUUGAAGUAGGUUGAGCUAGCUGUGAAAAGGAACUCUUGUGAGCCUUCUGAUUCCCAAGUGUCUGAGACAAUGUCAGUGGCAUCUGAUGUGGCACAUUUUAUCCACUUUUCUUGAGACUCUUUCUAUGCAAUGGGUUCGCCCCACCCCUUGUUAUAAAAUAAAUACAUGCUUGUUGUAAAACAAAUUUUUAAAACUUAUAGAGAAUAUAUAGAUCAUUGGACCAAAAUCAAGAUGAGAUUAGCCAUAAUCCUAUCAACCAGGGAAAAAGAUUUUUAUUUUAGUGUAGUCCCUUCUAGCCUUUUUUUUACUUGCCUUUGUCUUUUCCAUCAUAUAAACAUGUAUCUAAAACAGGUAGUCUAAGUGAAAGUGGGACCCUAUGCUGAGAUUUUUAUGUAGGAGACUAAAAAUUUAGACAAAAUGAUGAUGCCUACAACGCUUUAUUUAAAAUACAUCUGGGACAGAGAUCAAGAUUAGGGGACCGACCACGUGAGACAAGAUUAAGGGAGCACAAGCCCUGCUCACACCCUAAUCUUGUCAGACGUCCCACCUCACCAUUGUUAUAAAACCCCUCAUCAAAUCCUCUGGGGUGGGGACACAUAGUUUAUCAAGGCAGGAGCCUGCUCUAUCCCCCUUUGCCUGGCAAAGCAAUAAAGCUAUCCUUUUCUACUUCAAAAAAAUACAUCGGGGAGAAGCAUUCGGAUUUUAGCUAAUUGGGCAGUGAUAAAGGAUGAAGCAUAUCUGGGGGUGUUUUUUAAGAAAAAUUGUUCAGAUUUUUCCAAAUCAUAAGACAUGUCUAUGCAGCCACAGCUUCUGAAAGGAAAUUCAGUAAUUGUUAAACCUAAGCGGUCUGUUUAGCAGAGAUGUGAUUUUGUGCUGACCCAGAGACAAAAGCGUUUUAUCUCUUACUUUAGUAGGUGUGGCCUUCUCUCUUUAAACUCUUGGGCAAUAGGUGGAAAUUAAAGGCCGACUUGGAAUGUAAUGUGUACAAAUAAAUUGUUCAGUGGAUUCCACUGGCAAGAAAAUUCAUCUUCCCACCAGCCUUAGAAAGGUCUCUCAAAUUUUUUUUUUCUUCUCUAGCCAAAGUGUGUCUUAUCACCUAGCUACAGUAGAGGAUGUUCGGUAUUCUUUCUCCAAAGUAAUCAAAGUUAAUCCCUAGUUGCUCCUGUAGCUGCUAUUAGCAUAAGGGCAUUUUGCAUAAUGCUUCAUUUAUCUCAAAAAAUGUGUGCAUAAAUGAUCUCCUUGAUGUUUGCAACAACUUAGUGAACUUAGUAGGGGCCUGUAUCAUCUCCACUGGGCAAAUAAGGAAAUUGUAAUACAAAGAAACAAAUAUAUUCCAUAUAAUUACUGUUCUGUUAAGACACACAGAUGUGUAUAAGAUACAUCCCGUUUCACAGAGAAAUUUUUGAAAACAAAAAUAUUAAAUAUUUUUCAUCAUAUAUAGACAGUGAUCUGAAAGUAUAAAAUGAAAAUUUUUGUUUUGGUAAUGCAAAUAUGGUAUCCGAUAUAUUGGAAUCCAGUAGGAUAUCAUAGGUUCUAUAACAGCAGAAAAAGUCUUACCCUGAAAAAAUAUAUGAAAGUCUCAGCACUACCAAAGAAUAUAUAGGUAUCAAUCAAUAUUAGUAUGCAGCACCAUUAUGGUAGUAACAAAUUUAAAUCUAAAAUGGUUGAGUAAUAACCCGUACUUUCCUUUUGAUAAGUUGGGUGACCUGUGGUUUGUUAUUUUUGUUAAGGGAAAUUACCAUUAUGGUGUGAAACUCUUAUCUUUGCUGUUGUAUUUUAUGUUUCCUCAUUUUACCACUGAAAGUGACAUCAUUCAUUAUUUGAUUUCUAAAGCAUGUGGGGGGAAUUUCGAGAUUGUGCUUUGGACGGGGAAAAUGCAUUCUGUAUCCCACAAAAAGGAUUUUGGUGAAAGAGCCAGGAUGUGAAGAUGAUCCCCUGACUUCCAUUACAGUUUUCUUUCUACUUGUUCAGCACAGCCAGCAAACCCCACAGAUGUCACUCAGAUUUGCUGGUGGCUCACAGACCUAAAGAAGUUCCUUUCCUCUUUUGGCAAGUCCCACAAAAAAUCUGCUUGUAAAGACUUGGCAUACAGCAAUUCCUUUUCUUUUAUGAGAGUCAGGCUUACCCACAACUCUCAAUUGUGGGUUCUAGUCUGAAGAUGCACAAUAGGAUUUCCAGCGAAGGUCAAUGAUAGAACUCUAGAACAUUCUAGAAUGAUGCAUUAUGAGACUGUGAAACCUUAGAAUUUGGUGUGGUUUUCUCCCUGGGAUUUCCUUUGCUGUAUCCUGAAAUGUUAGGUGAGUUUGGUGGAGAAUUUAGAAAAACUCUGAUCUUCUAAUCCCCAUGCCAAAAAGUGCUAAUUAUUUUUUAUAGUUAGGAUGUUGCCAUGAGGCAGUAUUUUCUCUGCCUUUGAUAAUUUCCAGAAAACUACUACAUUAGCGCCUUUGAAAUAUGAUAACCACAAUUUUAAUUCAGUGGACUCCUGAAACAUGCCGUCUGUGGUCUGAAGUUUGCCAAAGGUUACAUUGCCCCCUGUGGCACAUCGAAUCUGUGGGACGACCAUGAGACUGGGUCUCUUCUGUCCUUCUAUCUUCUCCUGUCCUCUCCUUGUUUCCUUUAAAAUUCUGUUUAAGGCAUGACUACAGAGUUCCAUUGGAGAAUGAAAGAACACUUUCUAAUAGCAAAGUGUAGUAUUUUUGUGUGCAUGGAUAUUGGAACUUUCAAUAGCAGGGUCACUAGAAAUGCUGACCAUAUUUUUCUUGCUGAGUUUUUCUUUUCCCAGUAUAAAUCUCUGAAAUUGUGACUUACAUCAGAAAUUCCAGUAUUUGAAAAAUUAACUGGCUAGAAAAUCUAAGUUUUCUUUCAACUUCCAAGACAAUUUAGCAUUUAGGGUAUAUUGCUCCAAGCUUAACUAUUUAUUUGAAAUGUGUAUUCCAUAUUCAGUGUUUCCACUGCAAAUUGUUGUGACUUCUACUGAAUUUAUUAUUGAAAUGGAUAUUUAUACGGACUUGUAGAA